AUGACCGCCCGUCUCCCACCAAAGCCUCGAGAGCAGCUGACUCCUGAGCAACAGGAGAUGCACGAUCUCUACGGGAAAGCGACUAAGACGGUCUUCGGAGAAGCCGGCGGCAGCUUUAUCUUUGAAGAGGCCGAUGGCUCCUACAAUGGACCGCUACCAUUCUUUGCGUAUCUCCCCUCGGCCGGCCGAUCGCUAUUCGCGCAGAUGUCAGCGAUUGGAAAGCUUCCGAUUCCACCGGACGCGCGAGAAGUAGCGAUCUUGACGACUGGUGCCCAUUUCAAAGCCGGAUACGAAACGUACAGUCACAUUCCUCAAGCCGUGCACCUUGCUGGACUAUCACAGCAACAGGCGGAAGAAUUGGCGGUGGGCAAGAAGCCGGAUGGUCUCAGCGCAGAGGGCAGUGUGACAUACGACAUGGCGACUUAUCUGACGAACAUACCUGGUCCGCUGCCGCAAGAGAUCUGGGACCGGGCUGUGAAGGUAUUGGGAAAGGAGACCGUGGUGGGCCUGCUGCAUUAUAUCGGAUUUUAUGCCUAUGUCUCAAUCGGUCUGAACGCCGUCGACGCUGCAGUACCAGAGUAA